AUGGCAAAGCAUCAUCCAGAUCUUAUAAUGUGUAGAAAACAACCUGGUAUUGCUAUUGGGCGUCUUUGUGAAAAAUAUGUGAGACCUGAUACACUUGUUCGAAUAUGUGAUGAAUGUAAUUAUGGUUCGUAUCAAGGUCGUUGUGUGAUUUGUGGUGCUCCCGGAGUAUCUGAUGCAUAUUAUUGUAAAGAAUGUGUAUUGCAAGAAAAGGAUCAUUUUUGGGGCCCUGUUGCUAAUUGGGGUUUACCUUUAGCUGCAAUUGCUGAUAUCAAAAAAGAUCCGGAUAUUAUAUCACCUAAAAUGACUGUUGCAAUGUUAAUAUAUUCAGCAACUUUUAUGAGAUUUGCAUGGCAAGUAAUACCUCGUAAUCAUUUACUUUUAGCAUGUCAUAUGACAAAUGAAGCAUUACAAUUUGUACAAGGAUAUAGAUAUCUUGAUUAUUACCAUAUGGGAGGAAAAGAAAGAAAAUUAAAAAAAUUAGAAGAGGAAAGUAAAAAAUUAAAAGAAAGUGAUAAAACAUCAACAUCACCAACGGUUCUUUGA